AUGUCUUCAGUUUGUUGUGGAACAAAAAAACAGAAACUAAACAACUCGUAUAGUAACAGUAUAGAUCGACCUUUGAAUGGUUACCAGGAGUCUGUAGCUAUUCCUGAUAUGUGUUACUUUUGUUUCGAUGUUUUGUAUUGUCAGCUGCAUAGUAUGGACCCUCCUCAGACGCCAAACUUUACUAAUGAUGCCUAUCCUUUGUUUGUGACUUGGAAGAUUGGUAAAGAGCACCGUCUCCGAGGAUGCAUCGGGACAUUCAAUGCAAUGCAUUUACAUUCAGGUCUUCGUGAAUACGCAAUAACGAGUGCUUUAAAAGACUCGCGGUUCGCUCCAAUUACUCGUGAGGAGGUGCCGCGGCUGACCGUGUCAGUUUCCAUACUGCAGCACUUUGAGGAGGCCGAGCAUUACCUGGAUUGGAAGCUCGGCAAGCACGGCAUCCGCAUCGAGUUCAUCAGUGAACGCGGCACCAAGCGCACCGCUACCUAUUUACCUCAAGUUGCUACUGAACAAGGUUGGGACCAAAUCCAAACGAUUGACUCUCUGCUGCGAAAGGGCGGGUACAAGGCCGCCAUUACGGGCGAGCUGAGACGGAGCAUCAAGCUGACUCGCUACCAGUCCGAGGAGAUCUCCGCCACCUACAACGAAUACAUCAGCCAGCGCUGCUAG